CUUAGCAUAAUAUAAGUGCAUCAUAUUAUAUACUACUUUCUUUGCUACCCACCAUAAUUAAGUAUAUAUAUUUUCUUUCAUCUUUAAUUUAAUUAUUACUAUAUUUGUGCACCAAAAUCCUCUAAUUAAUAUUGUUAAUAAGCAUGCCAAGUAUGUCAUCCGUUCAGAGGUCAAAAUCAUGUGUUGAACUUCAGCCCCCAACUUAUGGGAACUUAAUUACCAUUCUUAGCAUUGAUGGAGGUGGUGUUAGGGGCAUUAUUCCAGCUACCAUUCUUGAAUUCCUUGAAUCUCAUCUUCAGGAGCUAGAUGGUGAAGAUGCAAGACUUGCAGAUUAUUUUGAUGUGAUAUCAGGAACAAGUACUGGAGGACUUGUAACUGCAAUGUUAACUGCUCCAGAUCAAAAUAAUCGUCCCCUUUUUGCUGCUAAAGAUAUCAAACCAUUUUAUUUGGAACACUGUCCAAAAAUUUUUCCACAACCUAGAGGCUUAGGUGCAACAUUGAUGGCAAAGAUGAUAAGACAAUUGGGAGGACCAAAAUAUGAUGGAAAAUACUUGCAUGGAGUGGUUAAAGAGAAACUUGGAGACAUUCGUUUGCAUGAGACAAUCACCAAUGUUGUCAUUCCCACCUUUGACAUCAAAUGUUUACAACCAAUUAUUUUCUCAUCAUACCAGAUUAAGAGUUGGCCUUGCUUGGAUGCUAAACUCUCAGACAUAUGCAUUAGCACCUCCGCUGCACCUACUUAUCUGCCUGCCCAUCACUUCACCAACAAAGAUUCAAAAGGAAAUAAUGUACAUGAAUUCAACCUCGUUGAUGGUGGUGUUUGUGCUAAUAAUCCGACUUUAGUUGCCAUGAAUCAAUUAACAAAGCAAAUGAUAGAUGAAAAUGUUGAUUUCUUUCCAAUAAAACCUUCGGACUAUAGUCGGUUCUUAAUAAUUUCAAUAGGAACUGGAACAGCCAAAAAUGAAGAAAAAUUCAAUGCAAAAGUUGCAGCUAAAUGGGGGCUAUUGGAUUGGUUAACUCAAGGUGGUUCCACUCCCUUAAUUGAUGUUUUCUCUCAAUCAAGUUCUGAUAUGGUUGAUUUCCAUAUAGCUACUCUCACUCGAGCACUUCAUUCAGAAGAAAAUUACCUCCGGAUACAGGAUGACACAUUGAUUGGAAAUGAUUCUUCGGUUGAUAUUUCUACUAAGGAGAAUUUGGAGAGACUUUGCCAAAUUGGUGAUAAUUUGUUGAAGAAACCGGUUUCUAGGGUUAAUUUAGAGAAUGGUCAAAUUGAACCCUUAGAAAAUGGAGGAACCAAUGAAGAAGCUCUCAAAAGGUUUGCAAAAAUAUUAUCACAAGAGAGGAGACUUCGUGACAUGAGAUCCCCUCAUACUAAGAAGGCAUCAUACAACUAAAUAGAUAGUGACAUUUAAUUUCUUCAUAUUAUGUUAGUGAUGAAACAUUUGAUUCUACUAAUUUCAUUAAUUCAGUUAUUGUUCAACCAUAUAAUUUUUAAAUAGAAUUUAAUAUUUAGAAUUUUAGAUAUGAUUAGUCAUAUG